AUAGAUGCCUUGACGUCCAACAUGGCCACCUGAUAUGUAGCAGACGAUACACACAGGUGGCAUGAAGAGCUGUAAAUAAAAAUCCUCCCUUUAGAUUUAAUUAUGAGUGGACGUGUGCAGAAAGAGAGUGCCGAUGAUUACGACCGCGUCGACGAUGCAGUGGACCCGCGAGUGCAGAUUGAACUUGAGAGAUUGAAUACAGCUACUGAUGACAUCAACAAACUAGAGGUUGAUUUAGAUGAGGCAAGGGCAACCUUCAGGGAAUUACUGUGCGAAUCAACAAUCAAGAUUGACACUUUAGCUAAGAAACUUGGAGCUUGCAUCGAAAAGUCCAGACCAUAUUACGAUGCUAGGUUUAAGGCGAAAGAAGCACUACAAGAAACGCAGAAGGCUGCGAUCAGAUUCGAGAGAGCCAACAGUCAACAUGCGGCGGCCAAAGAAAUGGUGUACCUAGCGGAGGAAGGAUUACGAACCGAAGGGAGAUGUUUCGAUCAUGCUUGGCAGGAAAUGUUGAAUCAUGCUACAUCACGAGUCAACGAGUCGGAGCAUGAGAGAGCUCUCUCCGAGGCAGAGCACAGGCAUACGACCGCAUUGUAUCACAAAGCGGAGCACGAAGUUCAGAGAUUACAACGCGAAUUGAAACGCACUAUUGCCAAAUCUAGUAUGGGUGCACGUCGCAGCUUGCUUCUGAUAAACAGUAUCGCCUACAGGCACAACUUGCUCAUGUUGCCUUACUAUGAAAUGAAAGCACAUUUCAAUCAAAUGCUGGAGGAGCAGAAGAUGAAAGUCAGUGCGUUGGAGAGAUCAGUCGGCGAGGCGAAAAUGACGUACGCGGAAGCACUGCGAAACCUUGAAAAGAUCAGCGACGAGAUUCACAGGACGAGAAGAUACGACGGCACGGAUGACUAUGACAAGAACGCACGAGAUGCGGGCGAUCACUCCACCGCACCGACCAAUACGGCGACCCCGACGGAUUCUAGCGUGACUGGAUCCCCAGACAGUACGGAUUACACCAGCGACGAGUACUUACGCCUUCCUGACAAAAUAAGUCCGAGUGUGCCGUGUCCUAUGCCUACGAAAAUUGACAGAGACUCAUCGUCGGAAUACCUGGGCCUAAACAACCUGAAUCUCUCAUCCACCGAGCCACGUAAAUACAUAAAACGUGACCGUCCACGGAGUAUCGCGGCGACCGACUCGAAACAUAUCGUACCUUUAAAUCACACGAGCUCUUCUGCACCAGGCCUGGCCGAUCUGUCGGGAAUCAUUUCUCCCAUAGAGAAGAGAGUGAAAAUCCAGUCGCCGGUGAACGAUAGAAAGAGCAACACCGCGGCUCAAAAUGGGGAGGAGUGGACGGAGAUCAGUCUGAAUAACUCACCGGAUGAGGUUUACUACAACAAUGACGUGUAUUCUGACGAGGACGAUCAGAUUCCGUACAAGCCGCUACCGAUGGACCUGAGCCCAGAGACUGCUCAACCGAUCAACGCGACCGUCGAGCCAUUGAAAGAGCAGCCCAAUCGAAAAAGACUAGUCACUCAAAAAUCCUUACCCACGAUAUCGAAAGUAAACGAAGUCACUUUGAGCGAAGAGAAGAAGGCUGAGGUUACGAGAAGUCCAUCGGUGAAGAACAGAGGCAAGCUCGACGGUAGCUUAGCCAGUUGGAUAACUAGGAGUUCAGCUGGCGGUGAGGCCAGUGGUGGUAGUUCCACGAAUUCAAGUAGAAGACAAUCUCUCGACAUGUUGUGGGGCGGUGGUACGGGAGAACGCGUCAAGGAAUUACUCAAUCACGGUAUGAUGAUGCUAAACAUAUCCAGCUUGACGGAACGACGUUCCAGUGAACCAAAGGCAGCGGAGAGAGAAAAGGAGAAGUCUGAAAAGUCCGAGAAGUCGGAAAGUAAAGGAAAGAAAGUCCCUAGUCCGUUGGAGAAAACGAUGAGCUAUCUCAAUGCCGACGAGGAGACGUCGGACAGCGAAAGCUUAGCUAGCGUGGAAAUGCUAACGGAAGAUCAAAUCUCCUCGCUCAUGAUGGAGCCGGACAUGAACCAAGUAUGCCAAGAGAUCCUGGGUACUCCUUUAGUCGAGGUGUGUCCAUUGUUGCAACAGCUGCAGCAACAGCAAUAGCCUUAUCGAGAUAGAACUUGCGCGACCGAGCGGCGAGGAUUCAACAAUAGAAAGUGUUCAAGAUCGUUAUAAAAUUAUAACGUAAAAUUAAGGCACAUCCUUUCCGUUUGAGGUAUCGAGCACAUAGCAAUUUGUUUUCGUACGACGCUACCAUACGUUUCUAUUCGUCGUUCUUAUGACUUUGUAGAUUUUUUUAUCGUGCGAUGUGUAGGAACGAAGAGCAAAAGACCGCGUUUUCGGGGGCAAUCGUUCGAUCGGUCCUGGAAUAUUAUUGUAUUCGGGCGUCUUAUUCGGUAUCAAGUUACUCUGUUUGUUAAUGAAACGAUUUACAUAUACAUUUGUGUAGAGAUACAAUCGGUUAGAGACUUUUAGUUGAUUUAGGAAUUUCGCGUUAAAAAAAGAAAAAAGAGAAAAAAAGAAGUGUCCCACGGGCUCCUUACGGACACUAUAAGAAGCCUAACGACGUUUUCGUGAAUACGCUUAUAUGAGAUUAUCUUAGAUUGACGCUUGGGGAAGGGAGGGGGGAGGGCACGCGUUUUCGAACCUAUUCUAUAAAAUCUUUCUAAUACUUAGCAUUUGGUAAACUAUCGAAACAUCAUUCGCUAAGAAAGCAAUAUGUAGUUAAUUCUAAGAGAGAUUAUGUAGUUUAACCUUAGAUAGUCGUACAUAAAUUUAUCCCGAGUUGCAUUGACUCUAUUUUUUGCUUGCCUUUAUACGCGACUGCUAUCACAUUGAAGUCUCUCGGAGAGCGUUUAAGAAACUAUUAUUACGGUAGACUAUCGUGCUACCACAGCGAGAUAUCAAACGAUCGAAAUAGACGAACCAUAACGGGGUUGCGUUCACCACCACGUUCCAAGACGAUCAGUUACGAUAAGGAUCACCUCUUGUCUAUUGAAUUAUCCGCGAGGCACGAGGUAUUCAGUAAGGGAAGGAAUUCUAUAGAGAGUUACGAGAUGCCAAUUAUGAGAUGUCGAUAGUCAGAUUCUCUCAAAAAAGUCGCGGAACGACGUGUACAUAAACGUAGCGAUAAAAAGGGAAAAAAAGGUGCGACUUUAAACCUACGCAGAUCUGCAUGCAAAAUGUACUGUUAACGUCGGAAGUGCUGAGGUAGAAUUUUAACUCGAGUGUAAUCAUUCACGUUAAUCACGCGCGUUAUGAAGGACGAAUGAUCGGAUAUUUUGACAGAAUAUUUUGGGUACAGAUCGUGGAUUUCGCAGCUUUGACACGGCAUGCUUCAUACACGAAGCUUUUACGAAGCUUAUAUGAGCGAUAACAUAUACAAUAGCGUUCCACAUACACACACACAUACACGCGCGCGCGCGCGCAUACACACAUACCUGCCAGGUUCAGUCAGAUAUUAUUCAAUAUUUUUUCGCUCCAACUGUGUGCGAUAGAGACAUCACGUGUCUAUCGACGAAGUACCUUAUAGUCGCCGAUCGCACGACAAGCGAGAAGUGCGAUUUGCGAACACAAAUUAUCUUGAACAGGCAGGUCUGGACAGUCCAAUAUGUUGUAUUCGCUCGUGAUAAUAAUAGAUCGGAGGAUUGCGUUCGUGCACACUCGAACAGAUUCCGCGAUAUUCGAGACAA